GACAAAGGGACUGUCUCCUUAUGAGAUAGUUUCCAGGUAUAUGUUACUUUUCUAAGCUAAGUCUGCCUUCUGGGAUCCUAUUGUGAACAGAAUGAUGUGUGAGUAAACCUUUUUAUACUUUUAUAGAAGACUGUGUAGUGUCUUAUCUUUUAUGAGGGAAUAAGCGGGAAAUACCAGAACGGUUAUUAUAGAGGCUUUAGCGAGCCUGAGCUAACGCAUCCGCUGCGAGUUUAAAAAGGGGAAUGUUACUCUGCUAAAUUGUGAACUUGUUAACACAAGUUGGAAAAGGAUAUAAUCAAACAAUCUAUCCUCUCCUGCAUCCCUGAACAUUCCCACAAGAGCGACUCUCCCUUCCUGUGGUUUCCAGCAACUCUCUUCCUCCAUGAAUUUGUCCCAUCCUCUUUUAAAGCCAUCCAAGUUGGUUUGCAUCGUUGCAGCCCUGUAGCAGGGAGUUCCACAGUUUAACCAUGCGCUGUGUGAAGAAGGACUUGUGAUGGCCUGGGACUUGGGCUCGGACUCAGAACCAGAGGGGACUCAGUCUGCACCGGAUCCUUUGCCUCAGGCAUCAUCUGAACCAAGUCUGGGACCUGAUCCUGAAGAGUCCCAGUCUGCACAGGUUCCCCUGCAACAAACGCCAGCUGGGCCGAGUCAGGGGCCUGAGCCUGCCCUGGCUCCAGAUGCGGGGAUUCCCUCAUUGCCUCCAGCUGGGCCAUCACUUACAGCUGCUCCACUACCAGUUGGGUCAGGGGAGGCUGAGGCGGCCUCUGGACGCAGGAUGAGACCCUCCCUGCCCGCUGACUGUCUGGCCAGAGUGGUGCAUGCUCUAGUUAUCUCCUGCUUGGACUACUGCAAUGUGCUCUACGUGGGGCUACCUUUGAAGGUGACCUGGAAACUGCAAUUAAUUCAGAAAGCGGCAGCUAGACUGGUGACUGGGAGUGGCUGCCAAGACCACAUAACACCGGUCUUGAAAGAUCUACAUUGGCUCCCAGUACAUUUCCGAGCACAGUUCAAGGUUUUGGUGCUGACCUUGAAAGCCCUAAACGGCUUUGGUCCAGGAUCCCUGAAGGAGCGUCUCCACCCCCAUCGUUCUGCCCGGACACUGAGGUCCAGCUCCGAGGGCCUUCUGGCGGUUCCCUCCCUGCGAGAAGUGAAGCUACAGGGAACCAGGCAGAGGGCCUUCUUGGUGGUGGCACCCGCCCUGUAGAAUGCCCUCCUACCAGAUGUCAAAGAGAAGAACAACUACCAAACUUUUAGAAGACAUCUGAAGGCAGCCCUGUUUAGGGAAGCUUUUAAUGUUUGAUGCAUUAUAGUAUUUUAAUAUUCUGUUGAAAGCCGCCCAGCCAGAUGGGUGGGGUAUAAAUAAAUAAUAAUAAAUAUCAACAACAACAACAUCAUUUUGGACUCGCUUCUCCCCUCUUUCCACAAAACAAGGCAGUGUGGGGCCUGCGGGCUCUUGCAGUCCACUUGGUAGGAAAAGUUGGACCGCCCUAAUUUAGACGGUUCGUAUAGUUAAAGCCAUGGUUUUCCCAGUAGUAAUGUAUGGAAGUGAGAGCUGGACCAUAAAGUAGGCUGAUCGCCGAAGAAUGGAUGCUUUUGAAUUCUGGUGCUGGAGGAGACUCUGGAGAGUCCCAUGGACUGCAAGAAGAUCAAACCUCUCCAUUCUGAAGGAAAUCAGCCCUGAGUGCUCACUGGAAGGACAGAUCCUGAAGCUGAGGCUCCAAGACUUUGGCCACCUCCUGAGAAGAGAAGACUCCCUGGAAAAGACCCUGAUGUUGGGAAAGAUGGAGGGCACAAAGAGAAGGGGACGACAGAGGACGAGAUGGUGGGACAGUGUUCUCGAAACUACCAGCAUGAGUUUGACCAAACUGCGGGAGGCAGUGGAAGACAGGAGUGCCUGGCGUGCUCUGGUCCAGGGGGUCACGAAGAGGCGGACACCACUAAACGACUAAGCAACAACAAUUUAGACGGUACCCGGUUGGCAAAGGCGGGCCUAGGCUUAAAUCUAGGUUUACUCCAGCUCCUCCCAAAACAUCAGUUUUUCAAAAGGUAAAGUAUUUCUCCCAUGGAAGCAGCAGGUUGGGGGUGGGGUGGCAGAUGGAAUAAGUAGCUAAGGCUGAUCUCUGUUCUGUGUCUGUUUCACAGGCAAAGAGAAAUCUUAUGAAAUAAAUGAAAUGAAUAGCCCUGUGAGGAAGGACUAGGAAGGACUCAAAAUAACCCACUUGGCUGUGAAGUUCAACUGGGUGACCUUGAGCCAGAAGCUGCCUCUCAACCUGACCUAAAUCUCAGGGUUCUUGUGGGGAUUCUUUGAGGAGGAAGAGGUUGAAUAUAAAUGCAAUCGAUAAAUAAAGCGAAGUAACUAAACUGGUGAGCCGCUCUCCUCCGAAAGCUGCUGUGAACUUCCCAGCGAUGGACAGGAAGAGCAGAACGCCAUGAUAUAGGAGAAGGGAAAUAAAAGUGUUUUACGGAAGAAUUGAUGCCUUUCUCAGACUAUCCAAAGAAAUAUUACAGUACGAUGAGCUCACGAGCAGGAUUGGAGAUCUGAGCGACAGAAGCAACGAGAUUAUAAUAUUGCGGUUUGAUAGAUUUAAUAGACAGAAGUUAGGGUGCAGCCAAAGGGGAGGAACAACAACAACUGUGGAGAACGGGGCGGAAAGUCAACAAAAAUAAGAGUAAAGACGAAAUUGCAUUUUGGCUGUAGAGGUUUAAAAACGUCGAAACUUACAAAAAAAGUAGAAACUUAAUAAAAUAUAAUGGGGGGGGGGAGAAAAAAAGAUAUAGGAGCAGGGAAAGGGUGGAAUAUAAUCAUGCCUGCUUUUUACCCCAUGCAUCUGACCAAGUAGGCUGUAUCACACACAGAACUUUCUGCUUCAAUAUAUAUAUCUUUUUAAAGGGACUCUGGAACAAACUGGCAAGGCUAUCCCCUUGUUAUGGAAAAAUCUAGGUGUGAGGCUGCUCAGUCCCCCAGAAGGUCAGGCAGAGCCCGUGGGUCCCUGCGGAAUAAAGGAAGGAGUGCAGCCACCAACCGGAGCAAAUAGCUGUAGACCAAAGUUUAUUGCGCAACAGGUUCAAAGAGGAAUUUUGAAACCUGAGGAUGGGGUGACAAGGACUUUUAAAACUUUCCCACCAUAUCCCAGAAUACAGUUCGUACAGCAUCAUUGCUGCAUCACUGACAUGUCACAAAAGGGGAGGGGUAGACAGGGGUUGGGACACGGGUGGCGCUGUGGGUUAAACCACAGAGCCUAGGACUUGCCGAUCAGAAGGUCGGUGGUUCAAGGCCCCGCGACGGGGUGAGUUCCCAUUGCUCGGUCGCUGCUCCUGCCAACCUAGCAGUUCAAAAGCACGUCAAAGUGCAAGUAGAUAAAUAGGUACCGCUCCAGCGGGAAGCUGCUCUGGUUCGCCAGAAGCGGCUUAGUCAUGCUGGCCACAUGACCCGGAAGCUGUACGCCGGCACCCUCAGCCAAUAAAGCGAGAUGAGCGCCGCAACCCCAGAGUCGUCUGUGACUGGACCUAAUGGUCAGGGGUCUCUUUACCUUUAGACAGGGGUUCCACUAGUUUAACCUUGGCAAACAUGUCCAGACAAGUCCUUGGUACAAGAUUAGCAUAAGCAGACAUGUCAGGGCAAGACCCAGGUAUAAGAUGAGCAUAGGCAAACACCUCUGAAGUCCCACCACCGAAAGUACAAUAGAACUUCCUUUGCAUGUCUGGACCCCUUGGCAAGUUUGGUGAUGGGAUCAGGCUUUCCUUGGCCAACAAUCAGCUCAGCAAUUGUCACCUCUGGGCACUUCCAGGAGUCCUUUUUCAAGGGGAAAAUAGCUUUGGAAUGGAGGAAACUGGCAAAGGAGUUGAUUUUAUACUACAGUGGUACCUCGGGUUACAUACGCUUCAGGUUACAUACGCUUCAGGUUACAGACUCCGCUAACCCAGAAAUAGUACCUUGGGUUAAGAACUUUGCUUCAGGAUGAGAACAGAAAUUGUGCAGCGGCGGCAGCAGGAGGCCCCAUUAGCUAAAGUGGUGCUUCAGGUUAAGAACAGUUUCAGGUUAAGUACAGACCUCCGGAACGAAUUAAGUUCUUAACCCGAAGUACCACUGUAUUUUUUAAAGCUAGGUAACUUCCCUGACCUGUCAAGUCGGAAGGAUACAUUCAGGCAUAAUAUUUGUAACAUUUAACAACUUUAAAGAUGUGCCCCCCCCCACCGUAAUUUCUGUAACACCCUGAAACUGUGUUUCGCCUGUUUGGGCCUCGCCAGCGUUUUUCAACACCAGCAAAAGUCCAGUAGCUUAUGGGUUAGGAGCAAGGAAACUAUAGGGCACACCCCAGAGUUAGUGACCUGCUUUUAGCAAGCAGCCGUGCAGAGACAGAGGGAGGGGUCUUUACCAGAAGGGAUUUCAUGCUCUUGACCUGGUCCUUGCUGCCUCCUUCCUGAUCUCUCUCCUUCCCUUGCUUCUCUCUGCCUGUGUCUCUGCUGACCUCCAGCUGGGCCCUACAAGGGCAUUGCCUCCCUGCCAGGGCGGAGGGGAGGGGGGCCCGCCGUUGUUUUCCUUGACCGCCUGCCAGAAGUAAGGGCAGCUGGCGAGUUCAAACUUCGGACUGGAAUGCGGAGGCUGGAGGGACAUUUCAGAGGGCCUGCGGUGGAGAAGGGGCAGCAGCUGUCUUUAAAUGGGACCGUUUUCUGGGAUCAGGUUAUGAUGCACGGCAUUGCACGGAGAAAGCAGAUAGGAAAAAGUUUCCCUCCUUCUCUCGUAGCGCUGGAGCUGUACGUUGUGAGUUUUGGGACCAGUGCCAGAUUUACGUACAGUAUAAGCUAAACAAGUUCUAGCUUAGGCCCUCACUCUCUUGGUAAAGGGACCCCUGACCAUUAGGUCCAGUCGUGACCGACCUUGGGGUUGCGGCGCUCAUCUCGCUUUACUGGCCGAGGGAGCCGGUGUACAGCUUCCGGGUCAUGUGGCCAGCAAGACUGAGCCGCUUCUGGCGAGCCAGAGCAGUGCACGGAAAUGUUGUUUACCUUCCUGCCAGAGUGGUACCUAUUUAUCUACUUGCACUUUGACGUGCUUUUGAACUGCUAGGUUGGCAGGAGCAGGGACCGAGCAACGGGAGCUCACCCCGUCACGGGGAUUCGAACCGCCGACCUUCUGAUCGGCAAGUCCUAGGCUCUGUGGUUUAACCCACAGUGCCACCCGCGUCCCACACUCUCUUGGAGGUCCCCCCAAAAAAUAAAGGGGGAAAAAGUGGAUGUACAGUGGUACCUCGGGUUACAGACGCUUCAGGUUACAGACUCCACUAACCCAGAAAUAGUACCUUGGGUUAAGAACUUUGCUUCAGGAUGAGAACAGAAAUCGCGUGGCAGCAGCAGGAGGCCCCAUUAGCUAAAGUGGUGCUUCAGGUUAAGAACAGUUUCAGGUUAAGAACAGACCUCCAGAACGAAUUAAGUUCUUAACCCGAGGUACCACUGUACAUUUCCAAAAUAUAAUAUAAAAAAGAAAUAAAAUAAAACCUACCUACAGCAACCGUGUUUUGUGUUGUGUUGGCUCCUAUGAUGUAAUACAUGGCUCCCGCCUGCUAGCCUGCUCCCUCAAAUAUCCCUGCUUUGCUCCUUUCUCUAUAUAGGGUGCCUACAGUCUGCAUGGACUGGUUGCACGGCAACAUGUGCAAAUGGACUGAGAUACCUAUGAGGUCCAUCAAUUACCAUCUAGCCAGAUAGGACAGCUGGACGUAUAAAGGGCCCCAUUACCUUCAGUAGUUUGGGGCCUCAUCAGACCUAAAUCUGGCCCUGAACGGGACCGUAUUCUGGGAUCAGGUUUUGCACAGCGUAGCACAAUAAAAGCAGACAGAGAAGUUUCCCUCCCUCUCUCAUAGCCCUUGGAAUUUUUGGGCAUCCAAUGAAGAUGAACAUUGGGAGGUUCAGGACAGCUAAAAGAAAGCCCUUCUUCACCCACAGCUUAGUUAAACUGUGGAACUCACCCCCACAGGAGUGAGACCCCCCCCCUUUCUAGAUUUUUGCAUAGCCUCACACUAAAUGGUGACCCAUAGGGUUUAGAUUAAUUGCCUUUGAUGGCUGGUGGCUACUAGGCCUGGUGUUCUUCUAACACCAUAAUACCCAUUGUCUUUUGAAGUUAACUUUUGUGCAGAAAGUAAAGGCACAAGGGCAACCCCACUGUUAUGUACUGAGUUGAAUAGGAUCCAAAAGGCAGCAGUCUGAUUGGUCCUAGAACAAGAGGAUCCAAAAUGCAGCAGUAUGAUUGGUCCUAGAACAAGAGGAUUCAGAAUGCAGAAGUCUGAUUGGUCCACAGGAGCCACCCAAUCCAGCUCCAGGUGGAAGUGAAUUCGCAACCUGAUUGGCCUACGGGAGAAUCCCAGAAUUAGCCAAUCAUGUGCGGCCCAUUGUGUAAAUAAUGUAUAUAAAGCAGAUAUUUUGGGGGAACAUUCAUUCCUCACUACUAUGAGCUGAAUAAAGAGCAUGAAAUCCACUCUCAGUUCCGAGUAUAUUUCACUGGCGACGAGGAUGGGAUCCCGCUGAGCUGACCGCCACCUGCCGCACCGCAGCACCGCCACCUUCACCCACCCACCCCAGUUAGAACAUAGAAAACUGCCUUAUACCGAGUCAGACCAUUUGCCCAUGUCUUCUUCUCCUUCUUUGGCGAUCCCUCGUUGCCGAGUAGAAUUGUCUUCCAUAAACACGGUUUUAAAAGUGAGUCCGUAAGCGACUGUGGAGGCCAAUUCUGGAUCCACACGUCCUUCCACAGGGGCGACAUUGGUUUCCGGGCUGGAGUUGAUCACGGUGUGGAUUUGCCAAGCGUGCCUUCCUCUGAGCACGUUUCUCCCUUGCGUCCUGAGUUCGAGUGUCUUCAAAGCCCAGGACACCAUUGGUAAAGGCUGUUCUCCAACUGGAGCGCUCGCAGGCCAGUGUUUCCCAGUUGUCGGUGUUUGCACUACAUUUUUAAAGAUUUGCCUUGAGAGAGUCUUUGAACCUCUUUUGUUGACCACCAGUAUUACGCUUUCCAUUCUUAAGUUCGGGAUAGAGUAGUUGCUUUGGAAGAUGAUCAUCAGGCAUUCAGAUUUUUUAAACCCCUCCUUCAACCAAAAGGGUUCUCAGAGCAGCUUGUACAGAGUCAGGCAAAGCAACAGAAUAUUUCUCUGCAGGAUUACUAUAUAACAGACACGGCACAAAAGCAAAUGAGGAUGGGGAGGGUAGAGGAAAUUUGGGCACAAAAUGUUAAAUAGUAGCUCUUAUUCAAAUUGGAAUGGAAACAGUUAAGGGACAGGAGUUGGGCACAGAAUCAGAUUCAGGUUAUAAAAUAGGAUUUCGGUUGGCUGGGUGUGUUACAACGGUAAAAAAACACCAUGUAAUUCUCCCCCCUUAACAAAAGAAAAGAAAGAUCUGCUCUUAAUUCUCUUCUUUGAGGUUCUUAGCAUUAAGAAAAUGUGGCAAGGUGUUACCUGAAACGUGUUUUAUGCGUAACAAAACUUGCGACCGAUGUAACACUGCAAUGUGCAUCUUGCGCAGCAGAAGCUGCUUGUGUGUGUUUGUGUGUUUUUUAAAAAAUAUUUUUACUAGGAAUUUCAACAAAACAUUUUAUCGAAAAACAUAUCAUCCUUAAUUUCCCCUAUUUCCCCCCCUCCCCUUGACCACCAGCAUUACGCUUUCCAUUUUUAAGUUCGGAAUAGAGUAGUUGCUUUGGAAGACGAUCAUCAGGCAUCCGCACAACACGACCAGUCCAACAAAGUUAGUGUUGAAGAAUCACCGCUUCAACACCAAUGAUCUCCUUGAUAAAGAGUUCUGUGAAACCCUAACGUCUGCAUUUGCCUACAGCGGCCCAAGUUGGUCUGAUCAAAGCAAUCGUUCUGCAAUCUGCGACUCCAGGAGGAGCUGAGCCUUUGCUUCUUAGUUGUUGCACAGGGAAGCGAAACCAGCCUCGUCCUUCUCCUUUUAAACACCAGAUUGGUGUCUGGCUCCCGUACUGAAAGGACGACAUCGUAUCAGGGCAUGUGCAUUGCUGCUGUGCAACCCCAGGCUGGGACAGCUUAGGUAGCUGGUUUAUACAAAGUCAGGUAGUUGAUUCAACUGAGCUCAGGCAGAGGACCUGAUGGGUUUUUUCCUAGCCUAAUUUAGGGAUACUGGAACUGAAGUUUGCGCUCUGUGGCUGAGCUAUGACUCCCUGAUGACUGAGAACAAUCUAGCCAAUGUUUUUGUCGUCAGACAUUGGGAUUACUGAACCCUACUUGAGGGUUUCUAUACCCGGGGUUGCACGUUGACAGAGCAACUGGUUUCCUCUCCUUGCUGUUUCCCCCUCCUUUCUUCAUCAGCUCUGCUUUGCUUGCAGGUAUGAUGACAGCCAAUUCAGUGGCUCUGGGUUUCUUCUGCAUGAGUUUUUUCUGGUUGCUGGUUCGUCCUGAUGAUCUCUGGAGGCAGCAGCAGGCCAAGGUGGAGAACUCUAGGUAGGUAGAACCUCGUGCAAAGGUGAGAGAGGAUGGGCAGAAAGUGGGACGGGAUGAAUCUGUGGACUCUCAAUCUCUGCAUGUUGUCUUUGUCCAUGGAGUUUUCUUGGCCCAGAUACUGGAGUGGCUUUCCGGUUCCUGCUCCAAUUAAAAGACACCUGCUUCUUGGGAGAAAAGCAACGACAAAACUAGACAGCAUCUUAAAAAGCAGAGACAUCCCCUGGCCGACAAAGGCCCUUUUAGUUAAAGCUCUGGUUUUCCCAGUAGUGAUGUAUGGAAGUGAGAGCUGGACCAUAAAGAAGGCUGAUUGCCGAUGAAUGGAUGCUUUUGAAUUCUGGUGCUGGAGGAGACUCUUGAGAGUCCCAUGGACUGCAAGAAGAUCAAACCUCUCCAUUCUGAAGGAAAUCAGCCCUGAGUGCUCACUGGAAGGACAGAUCCUGAAGCUGAGGCUCCAAUACUUUGGCCACCUCAUGAGAAGAGAAGACUCCCUGGAAAAGACCCUGAUGUUGGGAAAGAUGGAGGGCACAAGGAGAAGGGGAUGACAGAGGACGAGAUGGUGGGACAGUGUUCUCGAAGCUACCAGCAUGAGUCUGACCAAACGGCAGGAGGCAGUGGAAGACAGGGGUGCCUGGCGUGCUCUGGUCCAGGGGGUCACAAAGAGUUGGACACAACUAAACAACCGUCUCUGCAUUACAGGUGGGGAUGGAUGGAGAAUUUCAGUUUGUGUUUUAAUGAAAAACCUGAUUCACGCUUCCCAGAACAACAUGCAAACUGGAAUACAGCUGUCAUGAGAACUUUGUGCAUCUCUGAAUUUUGCAAUACAGUUCUCCAAGCAAAACUGUGUAUCAAAGCGCACAUAAAACUGUACUCUUUUCAGCACCUGCUAAAAGCAUUUUUGUUUAGACAAGCCUAGGCAGAGAUGUAGAAUGAUGACAUGUGUUUUCAUCUGUUUUUAGUUGAUUGUUGGUUUCAUUUUAUUUUUUUGGAUGUUUUAAAUAGUGGUUUUUAUUUUACUGAUAGUUUUACUGUUUCGCUCUUUUUGUAAACCGCUUUGAGGUUUUCUUUUGUUUUCUACACAAUCAAGUACUAUAUACCGUAUUUUUCCGUAUAUAAGACUACUUUUUUUUUUUUACAAAAAUUAUGUCAAAAAGGGGAGGUAGUCUUAUACACAGGGGGCAAUCUUCCCCCCCCCCAUUUUCUAAUUUUGAGUCCCCCAAAAUAGGGGGUGUCAUACACGGGGGCAUGUUAUACACAGAAAAAUACAGUAAAUGUUAGGAAAUAAAAAUAAGGUAGAUGAAUAUGUUAGGUGAAAUGGCUUGCAAAAAUGUGUAAUUAAUGAGAAAUUGACCUUAAAAAUUUUCACGAGGACUUUUAUACACACACACACACACACACACACACACACACAUAUAUACAGUGAAAGUGUUUACUAAAAGGAAAGGUUGGUUGGAAGUCACCCUGGGCAAGAUAGAGACUAAAAAAUUCAAUAAAUAAAUAAAACCGCAAACUGGUACAGAAAUGUUGGGAACUGAUCUUGUUUAAAAAAAUAUAUUUUAUUGAAAAAAAUCAAUGGACAAAUAAAGUGAAAGAAAGGUGCUUGAAACUGCAAUACGAUAUGCAGGUGCAUAAGUAAGGUGAUUAUUCCAACGAGUAUACAAUUAUUAACAAGUCGUAAUAUUUUUUAAUAAACGCAUUCUAAGUAUUAUUGCAUUUAUCCAUACACAAUCUGCGCCUAAAAGCAAUCUGUUCAUUUUCUAUCCCUUGAUCAAAGGGGGGGGGGGUUUCAUAGUAUUAUCUUUCCAGUGAAUCGGUAUCAGUCUUUUGGUGGAAGUGAGGGGGUGAAGAAUGAACUGAUCUGAAGACUUUUGAAAGGAGGAGAAACUGGGAGACUUCUCUUUCUCUGACUGCAGGUCCUGUCCUUGGCGAUGCAUGAGCUUUGUCCAGAUGUGGCCGGGAACCUUCUGCAUAGUGAGUAAGAGUUUCUAAUUCGGGGACACUCCCUUUUUGUUUUUUGUUUUUUUUGUUUUUUUAAAGAUUUUUAUUAUGAUUUCAAUAAAGAAGUUAAACAAAAAGAAACAUAAAAGUAGAAAUACAAAAAUACACAAUACAUAAUCCAAAAGGAAAAAGAAAACACAGAAAACAAAAUACAAAAGAAACAACAAAAAAAAACAGAACACUUAAAAACAAUGUCACUUUUCCAUUUCCGUUUUUGAAUUUACUUAUUUUCUGGACUUCCUCAUACCUCCCUCUUUUGUAUUCCAGUCCAAAUUGUUUGUCCAGCAAUUUCUUUUCCACUUUUUUAAUCCCAAUCUUUAAUCUUAAUAUAAUAUAUAACACUUAAACUUCUUUAAUCCUAAUCUUUAAUCUUAAUGUAAUAUAACAUUAAAAUUUUACCUCUUAAGUACCAAAUUUCCAUUUCCUUAAACAUCUUUAAUCCUAAUCUUUAAUCUUAGUCUAUCAAUAACUUUAACCUGUACAGCUGGAAACCACUUAUUUUCGAUCCAACAUCACUCUAACAUUCUUUAAUUUUGCAGUGUUUCUGAAGAUAAUCUUUGAAUUUCUUCCAAUCUUCCUCCACCAACUCUUCUCCCUGGUCACGGAUUCUGCCAGUCAUUUCCGCCAGUUCCAUAUAGUCCAUCAGUUUCAUCUGCCAUUCCUCCAGCGUGGGAAGUUCUUGUGUCUUCCAAUACUUUGCGAUGAGUAUUCUUGCUGCUGUUGUUGCAUACAUAAAGAAAGUUCUAUCCUUUUUUAACACCAUUUGGCCGACUAUGCCCAGGAGAAAGGCCUCUGGUUUCUUAGGGAAGGUAUAUUUAAAUACCUUUUUAAUUCAUUAUAUAUCAUUUCCCAGAAAGCCUUAACCUUUGGGCACGUCCACCAAAGGUGAAAAAUGUACCUUCAGUUUCUUUACAUUUCCAACAUUUGUUAUCGGGCAAAUGAUAGAUUUUUGCAAGCUUGACUGGGGUUAUGUACCACCUGUAUAUCAUUUUCAUAAUAUUCUCUCUUAAGGCAUUACAUGCCGUAAAUUUCAUACCUGUGGUCCACAACUGUUCCCAGUCAGCAAACAUAAUGUUAUGUCCAACGUCCUGUGCCCAUUUAAUCAUAGCCGAUUUUACCGUUUCAUCCUGAGUAUUCCAUUUCAGCAGCAAGUUAUACAUUCUUGACAAAUUCUUAGUUUUGGGUUCUAACAGUUCUGUUUCUAAUUUUGAUCUUUCCACCUGGAAGCCAAUUUUCUUGUCCAAUUUAAAUGCCUCCAUUAUCUGAAAAUAAUGAAGCCAGUCUCACACUUUGUUUUUUAAUUUUUCAAAACUCUGCAAUUUCAGUCUAUCUCCGUCUUGUUCCAAAAUUUCCCAAUAUUUCGGCCAUUUGACCUCCAUAUUGAGCUUUCUCAAGGCUUUCGCUUCCAUUGGUGACAGCCACCUUGGGGUUUUGUUUUCUAACAAAUCCUUAUAUCUUAUCCAAACAUUAAAUAGCGCUUUCCUGACAAUGUGGUUUCUAAAUGCUUUAUGUGCUUUGACCUUAUCAUACCAUAAAUAUGCAUGCCAUCCAAAUACAUUGUUAAAACCUUCCAAGUCCAAAAUGUCAGUGUUUUCAAGAAGUAGCCAUUCUUUCAACCAGCAAAAGGCUGCUGAUUCAUAGUAAAGUUUGAGGUCUGGCAGGGCAAAUCCGCCUCUUUCCUUUGCAUCCGUUAGAAUUUUAAAUUUUAUUCUGGGCUUCUUGCCCUGCCAGACAAAUUUAGAAAUAUCUUUCUGCCACCUCUUGAAACAAUCCAUUUUGUCAACAAUCUGCAAAGUUUGAAACAAAAACAACAUUCUAGGCAAUACAUUCAUUUUUAUCGCAGCAAUACGGCCUAGCAGUGAAAGCUUCAAAUUUGACCAAAUUUCUAAGUCUUUUUCACUUCAGACCAACAUUUUUCAUAAUUAUCUUUAAAUAAAUUCCCAUUUUUUGCUGUCAUGUUAAUCCCCAGGUAUUUAACUUUCUUAACCACUGUUAAACCUGUCUCAUUCUGAAACCUCUCUCUUUCAAACGGUGUUAAAUUUUCUCUAAAACCUUGGUUUUUGACUUGUUCAAUUUAAAUCCUGCCACUUGACCAAAUUCUUGAAUCAGUUCUAGAACGCUUUUAGUACUAGAUUCUGGCUCCUGUAACGUCAAUACUAAGUCAUCUGCAAAUGCUCUCAAUUUGUACUGUUUAGUUCUGACCUGUAUACCUUUAACCGACUGGUCCCUUCUAAUCAUAUUCAGCAGAACCUCCAGGACCGAAAUAAAAAGAAGUAGGGAAAUUGGGCAACCUUGUCGUGUCGCUUUUUCAAUUUUAAGUUCUUCCGUCACAACAUUAUUUACAAUUAGUUUAGCCUUUUGUUCUGAAUAAAUUGCACCUAUACCAUUCUCAAAACCUUGGCCUACCCCCAUACCCUGUAGAUUCUUCUUCAUAAAAUUCCAAGAAAUAUUGUCAAAGGCUUUCUCCGCGUCUACAAAUAUCAAAACUGCUUUAGUAUUUAUAUUCACUUCUAAUUUUUCCAAAAUAUCAAUUAUAUUCCUCAAAUUGUCAGACAAAUGUCUUCCUGGGAGAAAGCCCGCUUGGUCUUUAUGAAUCUCUUCCAUCAACACUUUUUUAAAUCUCUUGGCCAGAAUAUCUGCAAAAAUUUUGUAAUCCACAUUCAGUAACGAUAUAGGGCGGUAGUUCUUAAGCUGUGUCUUUUCGGUCUCUGUUUUUGGUACAAGUGUAAUAUAUGCUUCUUUCCACGACUCUGGUGCUCUUUUCCCCUCCAUUAUUUCGUUGCAGACCUCUUUCAAAGGUUGAAUUAACCAUUCUUUUAAAGAUCUGUAGUAUCUAGAGGUCAAGCCGUCUGGUCCUGGAGAUUUACCCAAUUGCAUGUUUUGAAUGGCACCUUCUAUUUCCUGUUCAGUUAUUCUAUGAUUCAAAAUUAAUUUGUUUUCUUGAGAUAUUUUUUGUAAUCCAUUUGUUUUCAAAAAUUGGUCUAAGUCUGUUUCUUUCAAUGGCCCUUGAGUAGAUAAUCGUUUAAAGUACCUCUGGAAACAACUUCUGAUCUCUGCAGGGUUCUGUAUGUUUCUUCCUUCCACUUCUAAGUUCGUAAUUGUAUUUAAUUUUUGUCUCUUUUUCAUUUGCCAUGCCAACAGUUUACCACAUUUAUUGGCCGACUCAAAAGUCUUUUGUCUCAUUUGUUUAAUUUUCCAUUCUAUUUCCUGAUUCAUCAUUUUCAUAUAUUGUACUUGGUAUAACUUUAACUCUCUCAAAAUCUCUUGAGAUUUGGGGUUUACUCUCAGUCUUUUUUCACAUUCCUUUAUUUUGUCCAUUAUCUUAUCCUUCUUCUCAUUUUGAGUUCUUUUCUUUAUUGCAUUCUGUUGUAUUAAGAACCCUCUCAUAACCGCUUUACUUGCGUCCCAGAUUACUCUUCUCUCCACGUUGGUACUGAGGUUUAUCUCAAAAUAAUCUCUCAGAGUUUUUUGGGCCUUCUUAAGUAGUUCUUCAUCUCUAAAUAAGGUGUCAUUCAUCUUCCAUCUGAAGGAGCCAGUUGGUGUUAGUCUCAUUUCCAUCUUAACAGCAUUAUGGUCGGAGCAAGUUUUCAGGCAGAUUUCCACCUUUCUUGUCUUUGGUGCCAUUCCUCUAGUUAUCCAAAUUUGGUCAAUUCUUGUCCAUGUCAUUUUGGCUUCAGAAAAGAAAGUUCCCUCUUUAGCCAUGGGAUUUCUUAUUCUCCAAAUGUCAACUAAGUCCAAGUUGUCUGUCAUGUCAAAAAAAGUUUUCGGUAGUCUACCAUCCUUGGUGACUACCUCUCUUUGUGCCUUGUCCAUAUAAGUGGAUACCACUCCAUUCAUAUCUCCCAUCAAAAUCAUGUUAUAAUCCAUAUGGUCCAUCAGGGUCUCGUGCAACUUCUUAAAAAAUUCAGAUUUCCCAUCAUUUGGUGCGUAGAUUCCUACUAUCAAAAAUUUUUCUCCUUGUGUCUGAAUUUCAAUUGCCACAAAUCUUCCUUGGUCAUCUUUAAAAACAAAUUUUGGUGAUAAUCUGUCCUUUGCAUAAAUCACAACCCCUCUUUUUUAACUUUGUCCGAUGAAAUAAACUCCUGACCAAGUCUUUUAUUUAUCAACAAUUUCCUGUGUAAUCUUGUUAUAUGUGUUUCUUGUAAACAAAUUAGGUCCAAUUGUUCCUUUUUUAAUAUAUGAAAUACUGAUUUCCUUUUCUGAGGGGAAUUUAGACCGUGACAGUUCCAAGUUAAUAGUUGCAGGGCCAUGAUGUUAUUAUUUUAGUACUCCUCCUACUGCACCUAGUGCCUGUUCCUCUUCUGUCGGUGGUAUCCCUUUUUUCGAACGGUCUUUUGGUUCCGGAGAUAGUCCUUUUUGUAAGUCUUCUCUGUGGUCUCUCCAGAAUUUGUCUUUGUCGUCUUCCGAUCUUAUUUUCCUCUUCUUUCCUUUGUAGCUAAAAGAUAGGCCUUGAGGAAAUUCCUACCUAAAGUUAAUACUGUUACUUCGGGGACACUCCCUUUUUGAACAGUUAACAUCUCUGCGUAUUACCUGGCUUAAUAAGACAGUGGCAGAGAAGUUGCAACAGGUAAAGGUAAAGGACCCCUGGACGGUUAAGUCUAGUCCAGGGGUCGGCAACCUAAGGCCCAUGGGUCACAAGCGGCCCUUGGGGUUGUUUAACUGGCCCACAAGCUGCCCCCAAACCAAGACGCCGGCUCGGCGAGUCCCCACGUGCAGCGCUAAACCGGUGCAGCACAGAACGGGGACUCGCUUUCGCAGCACCGGAAAUCAAGUCUCCACAUGCGCAGAUGCCGAAAAUCGCAUCUGCACACAGGCAGACAUCGGAAAUCACGUCUGCGCAGACACAGACACCGGAAAUCGCUGGUGCGCGUGCUCUUGCGCUCAUGUGCGAUCCAACCCAUGGAGGGAUUUCUGCUGGAGUGAACCAGCCCAGGCAAGGUAAACCUUGGCGACCCCUGGUCUAGUCAAAGGCGACUCUGGGGUUGCGGCGCUCAUCUCGCUUUCAGGCCGAGGGAGCCGGUGUUUGUCCACAGACAGCUUUCCGGGUUAUGUGGCCAGCAGGACUAAACCACUACUGGCGCACGGAGGACCGUGGCAAGUGCCAGAGCGCAUGGAAACGCAGUUUACCUUCCCGCCACAGUGGUACCAAUUUAUCUACUUGUACUGGUGUGCUUUUGAACUGCUAGGUUGGCAGGAGCUGGGACCGAGCAACGGGAGCUCACCCCGUCGCGGGGAUUCGAACCGUCAACCUUCCGAUCGGCAAGCCCAAGAGGCUCAGUGGUUUAGACCACAGCACCAUCCAUGAGAAGGGGUUAAAAGAAGCAGCCGUGGGGGGACUCUAGCUCCCAUCAGCCCCAGGCAACAUGCCCAGUGGCAAGGGAUGAUGGGAGUUGUAGUUCAAUGGAGUUUGGACUUGGUCCAACAGCAGGAGGAGAAAUAUGAGUUGAAGGGAACAGAAAUGAAAUCAAACCUCUGCUUAAUUUUUAAAGGUAAAGGUAAAGGGACCCCUGACCAUUAGGUCCAGUUGUGACCAAGUCUGGGGUUGCGGCGCUCAUCUCGCUUUACUGGCCGAGGGAGCCGGCGUACAGCUUCCGGGUCAUGUGGCCAGCAUGACUAAGCCGCUUCUGGCGAACCAGAGCAGCGCACGGAAACGCCGUUUCCCUUCCCACCGGAGCGGUGGUACCUAUUCAUCUACUUGCACUUGGACGUGCUUUUGAACUGCUAGGUUGGCAGGAGCAGGGACCGAGCAACGGGAGCUCACCCCGUCGCGGGGAUUCAAACCGCUGACCUUCUGAUCGGCAAGCCCUAGGCUCCGUGGUUUAACCCACAGCUCCACCCGCGUCCCUUAAUUGUUAAGCUGUAUUAAUAAGUAGAGGCUAGCUCAGCCAAGUAGAGCCUGAGAUUCGAAAUCUCAGGGUUGUGGGUCCAAGCCCCACGUUGGGUGAAAGAUUCCUGGGUUGGACUGGAUGACCCCUGGAGCCCGUUCAAACUCUACAAUUCUACGAAUCACACACACACAAACACAAAAAGGGGGAAAUGAGGUUUGUGGCUAUGCUGUACCUUCGGGAAUCUAACCCAUCUUCUGCUUUCUGACAUGCAUUUGUAGGCUCUGGGAAGGAGGUUUGAGUGCGUCCUGCCAAAAGACGCAAACAACUGGACUAUCCAUGGAUUAUGGUGAGGCGAUCUCAUUUGGGCUGGUAUGGGAGGCAUGUAUUUAUUGCUUGGACUUAAGUGAAGUAUUUAUUUUCUUACUUAAAUAUAUAUAUUAAGCAGUGCCGGAUUUACAUAUAAGCUGAACGAGCUCUAGCUUAGGGCCCCCAAGAGAGUGGGGCCCCCAGAAAAUUUAGAGGGGGGAAAAGUGGAUGUACAUUUCCAAAAUAUAAGAUAAAAAACAAAUAAAAUAAAACCUACCUACAGCAACCAUGUUUUGUGUUGUGUAGGCUCCUGUGAUGUAAGUCCUGGGCCCCGCCUGCUUGCCUGCUCCCUCAAAUAUCCCUGGUUUGCUCCUUUCUAUAUAUAGGGUGCCUACAGUCUGCAUGGACUGGUUGCAGGGCAACAUGUGCAAAUGGCUUGAGAUACCUGUGAGGUCCAUCAAUGACCAUAUAGCAUCUAGUCAACACAAAAAACAGUGACAAUUUGUUGCGGACAAAGGACAUCUGGACAUAUAAAGGGCCCCGUUACCUUCAGGAGCUUAGGGCCUCAUCAAACCUAAAUCUGGCCCUGAUAUUAAGUGUGUGUGUGUGUGUGUAUGUGUGUGUGUGUACAUGCGCGCACACACACAACACACGCACACAUGCUACUUAAAAAUAUCAGAGCUGCUUACAACAAUUAUAGAAUCAUAGAAUCAUAGAGUUGGAAGAGACCACAAGGGCCAUCGAGUCCAACCCCCUGCCAAGCAGGAAACACCAUCAGAGCACUCCUGACAUAUGGUUGUCAAGCCUCUGCUUAAAGACCUCCAAAGAAGGAGACUCCACCACACUCCUUGGCAGCAAAUUCCACUGUCGAACAGCUCUUACUGUCAGGAAAUGCUUCCUAAUGUUUAGGUGGAAUCUUCUUUCUUGUAGUUUGGAUCCAUUGCUCCGUGUCCGCUUCUCUGGAGCAGCAGAAAACAACCUUUCUCCCUCCUCUAUGUGACAUCCUUUUAUAUAUUUGAACAUGGCUAUCAUAUCACCCCUUAACCUCCUCUUCUCCAGGCUAAACAUGCCCAGCUCUCUUAGCCGUUCCUCAUAAGGCAUCAUUUCCAGGCCUUUGACCAUUUUGGUUGCCCUCCUCUGGACACGUUCCAGUUUGUCAGUGUCCUUCUUGAACUGUGGUGCCCAGAACUGGACACAGUACUCCAGGUGAGGUCUGACCAGAGCAGAAUACAGUGGCACUAUUACUUCCCUUGAUCUAGAUGCUAUACUCCUAUUGAUGCAGCCCAGAAUUGCAUUGGCCUUUUUAGCUGCCGCGUCACACUGUUGGCUCAUGUCAAGUUUGUGGUCAACCAAGACUCCUAGAUCCUUUUCACAUGUACUGCUCUCAAGCCAGGUGUCCCCCAUCUUGUAUUUGUGCCUCUCAUUUUUUUUGCCCAAGUGCAAUACUUUACAUUUCUCCCUGUUAAAAUUCAUCUUGUUUGUUUUGGCCCAGUUCUCUAAUCUGUCAAGGUCGUUUUGAAGUGUGAUCCUGUCCUCUGGGGUGUUAGCCACGCCUCCCAAUUUGGUGUCAUCUGCAAAUUUGAUCAGGAUGCCCUUGAGUCCAUCAUCCAAGUCGUUGAUAAAGAUGUUGAAUAAGACCGGGCCCAAGACAGAACCCUGUGGCACCCCACUAGUCACUCUUUUCCAGGAUGAAGAGGAACCAUUGAUGAGCACCCUUUGGGUUCGGUCAGUCAGCCAGUUACAAAUCCACUGAGUGGUAGCAUAGUCAAGACCGCAUUUUACCAGCUUCUUUAGAAGAAUAUCAUGGGGCACCUUGUCAAAUGCCUUGCUGAAAUCAAGGUAGGCUACAUCCACUGCGUUCCCUUCAUCUACCAGGCUUGUAAUUCUGUCAAAAAACGAGAUCAGGUUAGUCUGACAUGACUUAUUUUUCAGAAAUCCAUGCUGACUAUUGGUGAUCACAGCAUUCCUUUCUAGGUGCUCACAGACUGUUUGCUUAAUGAUCUGCUCCAGAAUCUUCCUGGUAUUGAUGUCAGACUGACUGGGCGGUAAUUAUUUGGGUCCUCUCUUUUCCCCUUUUUGAAAAUAGGGACAACAUUUGCCCUCCUCCAGUCUGCCGGGACUUCGCCUGUUCUCCAGGAAUUCUCAAAGAUGACUGCCAGUGGUUCUGAGAUCACAUCUGCUAGUUCUUUUAAUACUCUUGGAUGCAGUUCAUUUGGCCCUGGAGACUUGAAUACAUCUAAACUAGCCAAGUAUUCUUGUACUAUCUCCUUAGUUAUUCUGGGCUGUGUUUCCUUUGCUGAAUCAUUUGCUCCAAAUUCUUCAGGUCGGGCAUUGUUUUCUUUAUCGGAGAAGACUGAGUCAAAGAAGGCAUUGAGGAGUUCAGCCCUUUCUGUGUCCCCUGUUUGCAUUUCACCAUCUUCUCCUCUGAGUGACCCCACUGUUUCUUUGUUCUUCCUUUUGCUACGGACAUACCCAUAAAAGCCUUUUUGUUGCUUUUAACCUCUCUAGCAAGCCUGAGUUCAUUCUGUGCUUUAGCUUUUCUGACUUUGUGUCUACACGUGCUGGCUAUUUGUUUGAAUUCCUCUUUGGUGGUUUCCCCUUUUCCAUUUUUGUACACAUCCUUUUUAAUCUUAACUCAGUUAAAAGUUCUUUAGAUAGCCACCCUGGCUUCUUUAGGCACCUUCCAUGUUUCUGUCUCAUUGGUAUUGCCUGACGUUGUGCUUUUAGUAUCUCCCUCUUAACAAACUCCCAGCCAUCAUGAACUCCCUUUCCUUUUAGUAUUACUGUCCAUUAUACUUAAAACCAUACAAUUAAAACCAUAGAACAAAGUUAAAUUAAGACAAUAUGAUGCAUUCUUAAUUGCCUGCUGGAAUAGAGAAGGUUCCAGCCUCCUUCACCUCCUCUUCUUGCCCUUUAAAUCCACAGGCCCAGCAACAUCAUGGGCUGCUGCCCAUAUCGAUACCUCUUCCCCUCCGACCUGGUGGUGAGUAGAACCUUUUUGCUGCAAAGUUUGGCUGCGGUGGCCCUGCUUCCAACCACCUGGGACAGCUCAGCGGGUAGAGCGCGAGACAUUUAAUUUUAGGUUUCUGGGUUCGAAUCCCACGCUAGGUGAAAGAUUUCUGCAUUGCAGGACAAGGCGACCCUUGUGGUUUGUUGGUUUGAUUUAUAUACCGCCCUAUACCCAGAGGUCUCAGGGUGGUUCACAGAAAAGAUCACAAUAUAUAAAAUCAAAAUAAGAACAAUAACCGCCGUCCCGUCCCAAGAGGCUUCCUCUGCCGCUGCUGGUGUUCCCUCCCUAAAAAAAAUUGUCGGUAACUCUGGGAAAUGGGGAGGGGGGGACGGGACGGGACGGGACGCCAAGGGUAUUUUUGCACCACGGCGCCGGAUAUGCUUAAGAGGGCCCUGAUCUGCCCCUUGAGCUGACUUGCCUAAUGGUAGGGCCGGCCCCAGACGUAGUCCUCAGGAUGAUACGAUUGUCUCAAGUAGCCUGCUUCCUGUCAGGAGUUCAGCCUACACUCGAGUAGGACCCUGGCAGAGACACAUGCCCGACUGGCAUGUUCUCUCCCUCCUGGUCGAUUGUUCGGGAGUUUCAAAAGCUUUCUUCAUCCCGAACAUCACAGCGACCGAUGCCACCAGACACCGGCACACUUAGGGAUCCACAGAGUUUGUGCAAGUCAGCAUUUUGGCUAAUCUACUUCAUUUACAUAUAAACAGACAUGGAGCACUGCAACACGGCUCCCUCUCUCUCUAGCAUCAGACAGCAAAGAGAAAAAGAACAAAGGGCAAUAGUCCCACUUGACGGAACACAGGAACACAAACAUCCUGUCUCCGUCACUUCCCACUCGGUGGAGUCAAAACAUACACCGUCAUGUGAAAGACAACAAUCCCAUGACGGCAAUCACGGAGCAGGAAUACUAACACUCCCCACCACCUUCCUUUCCUGCAGGACUUGACGUCUGAACUGAACGAGCAUUGGCCAUCCUUCAUCAACCUGAGCAACUUCCAGUUCUGGUAACCAAGGCAGGGGGCUUAACAGAGAAGGGGGCUGGGGUUGGAGAAGGGACAUGCGCUAGCUGGGGCUGAUGGUAGUCGUAGUCCCAAACAUCUGGCGGGGGCAGAGUUGGGGAAGGCUCAGGUGGAGAGAUGAUGGGUGUGCCUGCCAACGGCUGUUUCCUCCCGCACAGGGACAAGGAGUGGCAGAAACACGGGAGCUGCGCCGGCUGCGUGGAAGCGCUGAGCUCUCCCGACAAAUACUUCCGAGCCGCCCUCUUCCUGCGCACAAAAUAUAACAUCGACAGGUGAGCUGAUACGGCCGUGCGGUGUAUCACAAUUUGGAUUCGGUGGGAAAGAUGUACAUAAAACACAACUAAAACCCAAACGGCAUCUAGUACAGUGCGCCUUACAAUGGCUGCCACAGGCAGAAAAAUAAUUAAGUGCCGCACCAAAAUCACCAUCAUUUUUCAAGUGGUCUCUAGGGCAGAAAGGAGUCGCUGGUGUAGCUAAAUGACCCUGUUUUACAUUCUCUUUCUGAACACAGCGCCUUUCAAAGAGCUGCCAUCAUCCCAUCUUGUAUCCAGAGCUACCAGGUACCUAUUCUGUCCUAUUUUUUGUUUCCGUGGAGAUCUGAGAAAUUGGGGAGGAGAGGGAGGUGGGUUACGGAAGGCCGCCAUAAAAUAGCUGGGUCCUCAUUACACUUUUAAUUCAUCUCCUCAUCCUCCUGGCCUGCAAUAAGUCUAUUAAGGUGGUUAUUAUUAUUAAUUAUUAUUAUUAUUUAUUGGAUUUCUACACCACCCUAUACCAGGAGGUCUCAGGGCGGUUCACAGAAAAGAUCCACAGAAACGGUUGUGUACGCACUAUCUCUUCAAAGGACAAUCUUCCCCUCAAAGAAUUCUGGGCACUGUAGUUUAAUAAGGGUUCCUUUGAAUGGUAAUUCAGGGAGGGUUAAACCACAGUGCCCAGAAUUCUUUGAGGGAAACAAGUAUCGUAUUUUUCGCUCUAUAGGACGCACCAGACCACAAGACGCACCUAGUUUUUAGAGGGGGAAAUCAAGAAAAAAAUAUUAUUCCCCCAGCCCCCAGCCCCAAAGAGCAGCGGACAGCAUAUGAUUCUAGGCCUGGGAGAGACUUAGCUUGAAAACCCCAGAGAGCUGCUGCUGGCAGCCUGUGUAGACAACACUGAUGUGGGUGGACCAAUGGCUUAGCAGCUUCCUGUAAAUGUCCUAACUGUAGUUCUCUGCCCCAUCCUGCCUGCAAUUCUCAUUCUCAGCUCAGCACCUUCAUGACUGUGUUGCGGCCCGUCCUGGGAGACCAAUAUGAACUCCAGUGCGUGACUGACGUCCAGGUGGGUUACCUUUUCUUUAGCUAUGAAGUGUUCAAGGGUUAAUUUGUUUAAUCGUUUUUCGAUACAAACAUCAACCGCAAAAGACACAUACAACAAAAACAAUAACAACACAAUUUGACAAUUCAGAUUUGAAUACACGGAUAUACCUAUGACUACACCUUUUUAAACAAUAUUUUCCGAUCGCUCUCCUCUCCCCCUACUUCCCACCACUAUCCGCCUUAUCGCUUAAAUAUUCGUUCCAGAUUUCUUCAUAUUUAUCCGUUCUUAUUUUUUUCGUCGACAUGCAAUUCGUUCGUAUGUAGCCAGUCUGUCCAUAUUAUCAAUCCAUGUGCUCAGUGGAAUCUUUUUGCGGCUCUUCUAAUUCAUCAAACAAGUCUUUUUUGCUUCUAAUAUAGCACGGUACCCCUCCUCUUCUCAAAUCUGUUUUUCCUCUUUGCAGGGGCGUCAAAUAUUGGUGCAAAUAAAGGUUUCGCUCCACAGCAAUUUCUCCUCCAGCUGCAUCGAGGACUCCGACUACAACAUCUCCCCUUAUAAGCCCUGCACGAGCGAGAGGAUGGUUUUCUAUUUUCCCACCAGCCAGAAGUUCCCACGCAACCCCUGCCCCUGACUCCAGGCACGCGGAGAUGUGAAUUCUGCAAGGUGGACAGAAAGGCUAGAAGCAGCCAAAAUCAAAAUAAAAACUUUAGG